UGUAAUGCACCUCCCGAAAGGUCGCGUCGACCUCACACAGAUACAAAACACAGGCAUUCAAGUACGUUGUUAUCAGCAGAUAAGAUCGUGAGCCAUAAUAACGUGACUUAAGGUUGCUGCCAUGACCGAAGGACUUUAGCGCGGCGGGUUUGCACCGUGGGGCUUGUUACGCUAAAUGCAUAGGGUUAGGGUUGUACGGCACGUGCCGGCGCGAUCCGUCGUGUUUGGGACGUCGCGUCUUGUGGCAAUCCCGACCCGAACAGCUGCUCUGCUGCACUCUCCGCUCCGAUGGUUUCCACCAUCCACCAUCCACGUCAACCAAACAGUGAUUCUCUCCGAUCAUGGCGCCAUCAAAAACACCUCCGCUUGGCCUUCUCAAUGAAGCCAUCCACACAAUUAGCGCCGACCGGCUGCGUGAAUUUGUACGCGAACUAUGCACGACUUCGGAGACGGCCCGCAAGCAUUUCAGCGACAGGCUGCUGGUCGAUCUGACGACUGAAGAUGCGGACAACACGCCUGCGGAGGAAGGCGCGUCGACGGGCCAAAAGCGAAAGCAUACGCGACAGCGCUACGAAGUGUGCGAGCAAUGCAACAAUGAGUACGACGUCGAAACCAAUGGCCCUACAAGCUGUGUAUGGCAUGAUGGGGAGACCGAACCCGACGACGACGGUGACUUCUGGGCGGACCACGACGAGCGCUGUCAUGGCACGAUUGACUCUGAGUGGGCGCGAGAAGAAUAUCCUGAAGGCUUCAUCUGGAGCUGCUGUGACAAAAUAGGUGUGGGUGCUGAGGGAUGUCAGACAGGAGCGCAUGUGCCCAAAAGUAGGAAGAAAGCUAGGAGCCUGACAAAGCCUAUCACCCGGCCCUAGCAAAAUCUGCUGGCUGUUUCCCACGCAUGUAGCUUUGUUCUUCUUCUCAAGGGUGGGAUUGGACGGCGUGAUCAACAGCUCCCAGAUCUAAAUUGAAUAUCCUCCGCGGCCCCCUGAACGACGAUGAAAGAGAGCCAGCCCCAUUGCACUACCACCACCACCCAACGACAU